CCCUCCCCCAACGCACACACAGGAUGUUCAAGGUCGCCCGCAGCAGCAGGCAAUUUGCCUCUGCUCUGCAGACGUUCAGAGAACCCAUCCGCCGACAACAAGUGCGCAACCUCUCCAUCCACGAAUACCGCUCCGCCCAACUCCUCGAAUCCUACGGCAUCGGCGUCCCUAAGGGUUAUGUCGCCCACAACGCGAAAGAGGCCCACGAGAUUGCCUCGAAGAUCGGCGGAGAAGACAUGGUGAUCAAGGCGCAGGUGCUCGCUGGAGGACGCGGAAAGGGACACUUUGACAAUGGCUUCAAGGGCGGCGUGCGCGUCGUCUACUCCCCUCGCGAAGCCUCGAUCCUCGCCGAGCAGAUGAUCGGCCACAAGCUCAUCACCAAGCAAACUGGCGAGCGCGGCCGCAUCUGCAACAGCGUCUUCAUCGUCGAGCGCAAGUUCGCCCGUCGCGAGUUCUACCUCGCCAUUCUCAUGGACCGUGGCUCCCAGACUCCUGUCAUCGUCGCUUCGUCGCAAGGAGGUAUGGACAUUGAGACUGUGGCCAAGGAAACCCCGGACGCCAUCAUCACCACGAAGAUUGACAUCCACGAGGGCGUGACCGAUGCCAUCGCGAGGAAGAUCUCCACCCAACUCGGCUUCUCCGAGCAAUGCGUCGACGACGCCACAAAGACCAUUCAAAAACUCUACAAAAUCUUCAUGGAAAAAGACGCGACGCAAAUCGAAAUCAACCCCUUGUCCGAAACCUCCGACCACCAAGUCCUCUGCAUGGACGCCAAGUUUUCCUUUGACGACAACGCCGAGUUCCGGCAAAAGGAGAUCUUCAACUGGCGCGACACUUCUCAAGAAGAUGCCGAUGAAGUCGCCGCCGGCGAGUCCGGACUGAACUUCAUCAAACUCGACGGCGACAUCGGCUGUCUCGUCAACGGCGCGGGACUGGCCAUGGCGACCAUGGACAUCAUCAAGCUCAACGGCGGCGAACCCGCCAACUUCCUCGACGUCGGCGGUGGCGCUACUCCUGAGGCCAUCAAGCAGGCCUUUGAUCUCAUCACCUCGGAUCCUAAAGUCACUGCAAUUUUCGUCAACAUUUUCGGUGGUAUUGUCCGUUGUGAUGCUAUUGCGAAGGGCUUGAUUUCCGUGGUGGAGAGCAUGAAUUUGAGGACGCCCGUGAUUGCGAGGUUGCAGGGUACCAAUGGCGAGCAGGCGCAUAAGCUCAUCAACGAGAGCGGGCUGAAGAUUUUCAGCAUUGAUGAUUUGCAGACGGCGGCGGAGAAGAGUGUGCAGUUCAGUAAGGUGGUGAAGAUUGCUCGCGAUAUCGAUGUUGGUGUCGAAUUCACAUUGGGGAUCUAGAGAGAGAAAGGAGGGAGAUGCGUGAGGGCGCUGCCAGUUGUUGCGCUGGGGUUGUGAUAAGGCGUGCUACCUUUUAUGUAGCUUCGCUUGUGUAUACAAGUCUUACGGC